AUAACGUGACACGAACGCCAUCUGCUUCCUGCUUCCCCUAGGAGGGCCUCAACGGCGAGUCCAAGGACAACCCGGGAGAGUCCAAAAUGGUCGUGAAGCUCAUAUCCGAGGUGCAGGCCACAGGGGAGCUCGGCUACGGAGACAUAGGCGUGGUCGCGCCGUACAAGGGGCAGGUGCGCACGCUCCGCCAGAUGAUCGCAGACACCAUACCCGAGGCCCUCGAGAACAAGGACCUGGAGAUCGCUUCGGUUGAUAACUUCCAGGGCCGCGAGAAGGAGCUCAUCGUCUUCUCGGCCGUCCGGUGCAACACCAAGGCGAGCGUCGGCUUCCUGAACGAUUGGCGCCGGCUGAAUGUCAUGAUCACCCGCGCGCGCCGCGGGCUGGUCGUCAUCGGUAGCGCCGCGACGCUGGUCUGCGACAGGAACUGGCGCCUCUGGCUGCAGUUCACAGAGACGCAGGGCGGCUGCCCGCAGGGCACGGUGGCGGCCGCCGUCGAGGAGGCGCAGAGCAACCUAAUCGCGGAGUUCGGCGAGGCAGGCGGUCAGCGGAGGAUCUCCAGGCUCUUCGACGGCUACGACCCCAACGCCGAGGGUGUGAAAAAGGCGGUCGCGAGCAUCGAGAUGGGCGGCAAGAAAUCGAAGCGCAAGG